GGAGCCUCCCCAGGAGAGCCAGAGCCGGAAGUUGGUUCUGAUCAAGACCAUUGAGACCCGGGAUGGGGAGUUGUAGUCGUCAUGACUACCCUCCAAGCCACGAAGGAUCCUCUCCUCCGGGGUGUAUCUCCUACCCCCAGCAAGAUUCCCGUUCGCUCUCAGAGACGCCCGCCUCUCCCCACAGUCAAACCCAGCGCCCUCGACCAGGAGAACCAAGAUCCAAGGAGUUUGGUGCAGAAGCUCAGUAGUCAACGCCACCUCGUUGACUCAGCAGGCCCCAGGCCGAAAGCCACACAUCAAACAGAGCAAUCGGAGAGAUUGGUGGGGAGUACUCAGCUUCGGAACCCCUUGGAGGAGCUCAGGCCUAGCCCUGGGAGACAAAAUGUGGGACCUGGGCCCCCUCCCCAGACAGAGGCUCCAGGGACCAUAGAGUUUGUGGCUGACCCUGCAGCCCUGGCCACCAUCCUGUCAGGUGAGGGGGUGAAGAGCUGUCGCCUGGGGCGCCAGCCCAGUCUGGCUCAGAGAGUACUGGUUCGAGGGAACCAGGGAGGCACCAUCCGGAGGGGCCAGGAUGCCCGGGCCUCUGCAUACUUGGCUCCCAGAACCCCCACCCACCGACUGGACCCUGCCAGGGCUUCCUGCUUCUCCAGGCUGGAGGGACCAGGACCUCGAGGCCGGACCUUGUGUCCCCAGAGGCUAGAGGCUCUGAUUCCACCUUCAGGACCUUCCUCUCACCCCUCUGCUCCUCCCGGUUUCCAGGAGCUAAGAAGAGAGACAGGUGGCAACAGCAAGACUUCACUGAGCCAGGCCUCAGGAUUGCUUCUGGAGACCCUUGUCCAGCCUGGAGAAUAUGAAGUUGUCACUCACUCAGAUGAAAGAGGAGGGGGCCCCCUCAGUCUGGCUCAGCGAGUACCAUUAAAAGAAACCCGAGAGAUAACACGCACCAAGGACGGCCGGGACUCCUGCCUGAUGCCCUCCCCUGGCCAAGUGAUGCCACCUGCCAUCACCCGGCCAUCACCCUUUGGACGGGCUCAACGUGUGCCUUCCCCUGGCCCCUCAGCUCCAACCUCAUAUUCAGUGUUGCGGCGUCUCGCCAUCCGCCCCAAAACCCAGUUCACACCCCUCCCAUCGGCCCCCAGAGCUCAGCAGGCCCAGUGGUUGAGUGGCCUCUCCCCUCAGCCUUGCCCCGAAGAGCCUGCCCUGCCCUGGGAGCAGAUUGCAGUCCGGUUAUUUGACCAGGAGAGUUGUGUAAGGUUGCAGGAAGGUCCUGGGAAGCCACCCGUGUCACCUCCUUAUGGACCCCACCCCAAUAGAACCCCCAACCUCCAGGAGCUGAAGAUGCAGCGCAUCAGUAUCCUGCAACAGCUUUUGCGACAGGAGGUAGAGGGGCUGGCGGAGGGCAAGUGUGCCCCCCUUAAUGGAAGCUCCUCUCUGGAUAUGGUUGAACUUCAGCCCCUGCUGGCUGAGAUUUCUAGAACUCUGAAUGCCCCAGAGAAUAAAUCUGGGGCUUUUCAUCUUCCUGAAAUGUUACAGCACUCGGGGCUGCCAAAACCCUACCUUCCAGAGGGGUGUGGGGAACCAGAGCCCUGCCCUGGAGCAGAGCCCGAGGUAGCUCUGCCCUGCCCUCCAGCAGAACCAGAGCCCCCAGAGUCCUACCAUAGGAAGGGGCCUGAGAUAUCAGAGCCCUCCACCCAGGAACAGCCUGAGGCAUCAGAGCCCUGCCCUCUGGGAGAGCCUGGACCCCUUCAGGCCUGCCCCCAGGGGCAGACAGGACUCCCAGAGCCCUCCCCUAGGGUAGAGCCUGGGGUAUCAGAGGCCUGCUCCCUGGAACCCAGAAGUCCAGAGUCCAGCCCACGGCCCUGCUGCAGUCAGUGGGCUCCAGCGACCACCAGCCUGACCUUCUCCCAACGCCCACUUUGUGCCAGCCCCCCUAUCCACUCACUCCAGUCUCUGAAGCCCCCAACAGGCCAGGCAGGCCCCAGCAAUCUGGCCCCUCGAACCCUGGCCCUGAGGCAGCGCCUCAAAGCAUGUCUGACCGCCAUCCACCACUUCCACGAGGCCCGCCUGGACGACGAGUGUGCCUUCUACACCAGCCGAGCCCCUCCCUCAGGCCUCACCCGGGUCUGCACCAACCCUGUGGCCACAUUGCUCGAAUGGCAGGAUGCCCUGUGUUUUAUUCCAGUCGGUUCUGCCGCCCCACAGGACUCUCCGUCGUGAGGCAUACGCCUCCACGCACUCCUGUCCUGCCUUGCACCUUCCUUUUAACCCUUAUUUAUUUUCCACACCAUGGACUGGGA